ACUCAUCGCUUUUCUCACCAUCUCAUCCUCUCCCAUCCUCAUCCUCUCACAAAUAAUUCUAACAUCAUGAAGGUCCUCGCAAUCUUGUACAAGGGUGGUUCAGCUGCCAAAGAAGAGCCCAGACUCCUUGGUACCGUUGAGAACCAGCUUGGCAUCCGUGAAUGGCUCGAAUCCCAAGGUCACGAAUACGUCGUCAGCGAUUCGAAAGAGGGCCCCGACAGCGACUUCCAGAAGCACAUCGUUGAUGCUGAGGUUUUGAUUACCACCCCCUUCCACCCUGGUUACUUGACCGCGGAGCUGUUCGAAAAGGCCAAGAAACUUAAGAUCUGUAUCACUGCUGGUGUGGGUUCAGACCACAUCGACCUUAACUCUGCCGUCAAGAAUGGCGUACAAGUGCUCGAGGUGUCGGGCUCAAACGUCGUCUCCGUCGCUGAGCAUGUCGUUAUGUCUAUCCUUCUCCUCGUCAGGAACUUCGUCCCUGCACACGAGGUGAUUGAACGCGGUGACUGGCAAGUUUCAGACGUUGCCCGCAAUGCUUUCGAUUUGGAAGGCAAGGUCGUUGGAACUAUCGGAGCUGGUCGUAUCGGUUACCGUGUUCUCCAACGUCUGCUUCCUUUCGACUGCAAGGAACUUAUCUACUACGACUAUGCCCCCUUGCCCGAAGCUGCUGCAAAGACUGUCAAUGCCCGCCGAGUAGAGGACCUCAAGGACUUCGUCUCGCAAUGCGAUGUCGUUACCGUCAACUGCCCCCUGCACGAAGGCACCCGUGGCCUCGUGAACGCUGACUUGCUCAAGCACUUCAAGAAGGGUGCCUGGCUCGUCAACACUGCUCGUGGUGCCAUCUGUGACAAAGACGCUGUUGCAGCAGCCAUCAAGAGUGGGCAGAUCAACGGUUACGCUGGUGAUGUCUGGAAUGUACAACCCGCACCCAAGGACCACUCGUGGCGAACGAUGAAGAACCCUCUCGGUGGUGGAAACGGUAUGGUGCCACAUUACUCUGGUACUACUCUCGACGCCCAGGCGCGCUACGCCCGUGGUACAAAGAGCAUCCUCGAGAACUACCUCACUAGCAAAGCCCAGGAACCUCAAAACGUCAUCGUCGGUGUUGGCAAGUACGAGACCAAGGCUUAUGGUCAGCGCUGAGUGCUUUUUAUUUUGGUUUUGUGGAGGUUCGGCUCGCAUAUUCAAAUGUACUAUAGUCGAUGCCAUUUUUACAUGUAACUUUAUAACUUCUUGUCAGCUCUGUCAGGCGCAAUAUGAAACUUUGAUAACGCGGCGAUCAUAAA